UCGCCCCUUCCGCGGCGCUCAGUUUGCCCCGCUCCGGACUGGCUAGCGCCGGCGGGCCUGGACCUGGGUAGCGGGCCCUCCUCUGCGGCAGCCCGGCUCCUCCGGUCGGCUGCCCGGCCCUCUGGUGAAUCUCCGGGGCCGCCGCCCGCGGGCCGGGCCACGCCCUGGUCGUCGCCGCCACCGACAUGGGAAUCCUUCCGCGGCGCGCCGGGAGCGGCUGCCUACGCUGGGGAAGCCGCGGUGUCUGGCAGGAGACCGGAAGCCCGUGGUGACCUCCGGCGACCCGGCUUGCGUUCGGUCCGUUUCUAAACCCUGGGACUCGACCUCGGGCCUCUGGGCUGCGCGGCACCUGGCCUCCGGAACCAUUGUAUAAGGAAGAUAGAUUUAGAAGACAGCUUAUUCACAUCACAGCUUCGCCACUGUUUAUUGUGUAGCAGUUGCUGUCAUGGAUGCACUAGUUGAAGAUGAUAUAUGCAUUCUUAAUCAUGAAAAGGCUCAUAGGAGAGAGACAGUGACUCCAAUCUCAAUAUAUUCAGGAGAUGAAUCAGUUGCCUCACAUUUUGCCCUGGUCACUGCAUAUGAAGACAUCAAAAAGCGACUUAAGGAUUCAGAGAAAGAAAACUCUUUCUUAAAGAAAAGAAUAAGGUUUUUAGAAGAAAAGCUUGUAGGAGCUAGACUGGAUGAAGAAACCAGUUCUGUGGGACGAGAACAAGUAAACAAGGCUUAUCAUGCAUAUCGGGAAGUGUGCAUUGAUAGAGAUAACUUGAAGAGCAAACUGGACAAAAUGAAUAAAGACAACUCUGAAUCUUUGAAAAUAUUGAAUGAACAGCUACAGUCUAAAGAAGUAGAACUCCUCCAGCUGAGAACAGAGGUGGAAACUCAGCAGGUGAUGAGGAAUUUAAAUCCACCGUCAUCAAACUGGGAGGUAGAAAAGUUGAGCUGUGACCUGAAGAUACAUGGUUUGGAACAAGAGCUGGAAUUGAUGAGGAGAGAAUAUAACAAUCUCAAACUAGAGCUACAGAAAGCCAAACAAAUGGAUUCAUCUCAGGAAGACAAUCAGAAGAAUAGAGAUUUCCAAAGACUAAGCAUUUCCAGUGAUAAUAUGCAACAUACAUACUGGGAAUUGAAGAAAGAAAUGUCUAAUUUACAUCUGGUGACUCAAGUACAAGCUGAGAUACUAAGAAAACUGAGAACCCCAAGUGGAAUCAAGAAAGCCUGUACUCCAGUGGGAUGUGCUGAAGACCUUGGGAAAGAUAGCACUAAAUUAUUUGUGACGAAUUUCACUGCAACAUACAAAAGACAUCCCCCUCUCUCACCAAAUGGCAAAUCUAUUGGUCAUACUGUACUAUCACCUUUACCAGGAGAUAUAAAAGUCUUAUCAGAGAAAGCAGUUCUCCAAUCAUGGACAGAUAAUGAGAGAUCCAUUCCUAAUGGUGAUACAGAAUUUCAGGAGCACAACUCUUAUGGCAGAAAUUCUCUAGAAGAUAAUUCUUGGGUUUUCCCAAGCCCACCUAAAUCAAGUGAGACAACAUUUGGGGACAUGAAAAAUAAAACUUUGCCUUUACCCAACCUUCCACCAUUGCAUUACCUGGAUCAACAUAACCAAAACUGCCUUUAUAAGAAUUAAUUCUGAAGAGAUUCAUAAUUUGAUCACAAAGCCACUUUCAGUAGUUCUUUCAAGAGAUUACUUAACAGACAAAAUGGAUUUUGACUAAAAUUUUGCAACAUUCUUCAAUAUGUAUAUUUGGACAUACUGUAUGAUAAAAUGUAGCUGAUUUUCCUGUACUUUAGCUCCAUAUUCAAGAAUCAAAGUAUGAUACUGUAUAAAGUAAUAAACCUAGGUGCUUCAGAAAGACACAUCUGCCUUUAGUAGCAGUUCUAAAAUUUUGCUUCUCUGAUAAAAAUGUCAAAUACAAAUUUCUAGACAGUUUUAUGAAGUAUGUGAAAUGCUAAAUACUAAAAUGAAGCUUUUUAGAAGAAAAGCUGCAUGCCAGAUGAGAUCUCAUAAACAAGCAAAUGGUACUGUGAAUAGGUUCUAUUUCUGUUGUUUAUAAUACAUACAGAUGUAUAGUAGAUAAAACAGGUUAUAUCUCUCCACAUCUGUUUCAAAUUUCUCUUAGUCACAAAGUGGAAAAAAUUUCAGAAUUACAAUUUGAACUUAGAUUUGAAAUAACCACUGAAGCCAACUUAGUCCCCAUUCGUUCAAGUCCUAAAAUUAAAAAGAUGAUACAGUGUGACAUGUGGAUAAAGUAAUAUAUAACCCACCACUCAAUUAGAAGUAGUAUAUCACAGGUCACAGUAUAUAGUCUUUCAGUGGUCUAUAAUGAAUAAAUGUGUGUAAUGGAAUACAUAAUUUUCUACAAAGAGAAUACAGCCACUUGUUAUGUAGAACAGAUAACUGAAUGUAAUAUUUGAGAAAGCUAUUUUUAAUAAACUUACUUGUAAAACUA